AUGGCGUACGACGGAUACCGCACCUCGUUCGAUCCGCCCGGGUUCAAUCCCAGCGCCGGCGCCAGCAACAGCUACGCAAGCAACAACGGCGCCAGCAGCAGCAACAGCAGCAGCAAUAUAAACAACAUCAAGCAGCCGAACGCACCGUACCCUGGCUAUCUGCAGCCGUCGUACGGAGAGUAUCCCGUCGAGCAGGAUCCGUCUUCUCAUCCGCCGCAUCCCCCUCCGCCUCCGCCACCCCAGCAACAACAGCAACAACAGCAGCAACAAGUGCCAUACGCCCCUACAUCAGCAGCGCCAGUCCAGGGAACAGAAUACACUGAACAGCCGGCGUACUAUCCUCCGCCCGUUGGCCCUCCUCUGCCGCCCCAGGCGGGAGAUGCUUUGAAACAGCCGUUUUCACCCACGGCGUCGCAUCAGGAACCGCCAACCCCUCGGGUACCUGACCCAGGCUACCCGUCAACUGAUCUGAUAGCGCAGGUCACGGCGGCAGUGAUACAGCAGCUCCGGGUAUCAAAUCCAGGAAACCCUCCUCCGCUUCCUACUCAUCCUUCGCAGCAGUCGACUUAUCAGCCUCCAACACCGGCGCUCUCACAGUCAAGCUACAACAGACAGAGCCCAAACCCAAGCUCGCUUAGUCCUCCUAUUACUACGAGCCCGUACGGACCACCUCCAUCUUCUAUACCAGGGCAGCCUGGCUUUUCUAAUGCGCCGUCUCAAUCGUCCUACCCUCCCAUCUCAUCCAGGGUUGAUGGAAACCCAUACGCUACUGGCACCCAGGCGCAAAAUCCUACAGAUACCACUCCACAACCACCCACAUCUCCUGGUGUAAAUAGGGCGAGAGGGUCGUCGCUUGGGUCGUUUAAUGAUGGUUGGAACGGCGGUAAUCGUCCAAAGGGGCCAUCCAGUCACGCAACUGCCACAGCUGAGUCUACUCAUGAGAAGGCAUGGGGAAUUCUUUUUGACGCCGACGACCUACCUACCAGCAGGAUGGGACAGCUGCUACGUGGUGUCGCUCUUCACAUGAUUCAAAACUAUCCGCCUGGUGAUACUCUAGUCAUCACGCCAGAGAAGAUGCAGAAAUUCUACAGCGAUCACACAGUACCCUCAGACACAUACCCGUGGCAAGAUAUCUUCGAUAACCGCACUUCUUCCAUCUCUCGUCUAUUCCGUGCUCUAAGGAUAGAACACCACCUCGUCCAAGACCAGCUUGAUGAACGUCCAGAUAUCCCAGGCCUCACUCCUCGCGGGUUCGAGCGCUGGAUGACCAUGAUGAUUCAGGCACAUCCGGAGAGAGAAUUCGAGCGCCUUCAAAAUAUUGUGCAGAACAUCUCUAUCACUAACCCGGAUGAUAAAACGGAAAGAUUCCCAAAAGAGCUACGAAGAAAAUUGCUCCCAAAGCUGGCCGACUAUGAUAUCAAGGAAACCCUUGAAAGAUGGGUAACUACACAUUGCCAUGUAGAACUAACGCAAGGCAUGCUUGGAGCGCCUGUUGCGCGCCAUUCUCGAGCCAAGUCAACUACGGACAAUGCGUCGACGGGUAUUCCCUCACGCCCGGCAAGCACCGAUGUCCGGCCCAAACAGGUCCCGCAUUCUGCCACGGUUGAAGACGCAAAUGACGAAGAUGACGACCAUGUCAUUAUUGCCAGUGCUGAUAAAGCUGAGACAGAAGCACCACCAGUGCAGCCCAUCGAGCGAGAACGGAAGCCUUACAGCAUGCCGAAAGGAUAUCGAGAAGAUACUAGUCCACACCCUACUGCCAGCCAGGGUUCACGUCAUCCAGACUCAGCUUCGGGAACAGGCUCUGGCAAAAAGCAUGUGGUUGUAUAUGCCGAAGAUGACGAUGAUGACUUUUUGAGUCCUCGCGACGAUGUCAACUCUAAGUACUCUUCUUCCCAUCACGGAAGCAUGCGUCCCCAGUCUCAUUCUCACACCCAUUCGCACCCGCAUAGCCACUCUCAUACACAUGAUGACUCCAAGCGGUACCACGGACGAGAUAGAGACAGAGACAGGGACAGAGAUCUAGACUGGGAAGACAAAGCCCGUCGUCGAACAUCAUGGGGCAGUGAUGAGGAGUUCUAUCGCAGCCCUGUGUCAGAUAGAGAUAGGGGCAGGAAAAGAACAGAGAGUCGAACUCGGUUCUCUGAUUAUGACAAGUUUUGGGAAUAUCGUUAG